AUGCAAGCGCCGAUGAUGCAGGAUGUCGUGUCGGGGGAGCAGUAUCGCUAUGCGUUGACCAACUUUAGAAUAGCUCACGAAAAGGUCGAAGAGCAAAGAGGACAGCUAGAAGAACAAGAGAGACAGGUCGCUCAAUUAAGAGCACGAAUUGCACAAUUAGAGGGGACUUCUACACUUGCGCUUGAAAACAAGGGAAAGGGAGGUAAUACUGUGGACGACUUCUCUAUCAAGAAUGCUGCAUCUCAAUUAGAGAAAAUGAUCAACCGAUGGGCUUCAGAUCUCGUGCGUAGCCCACCUGUUCCUCUCACUGCACUAUGCAAGGCGAUAGUGAGUGACUUGGGCAGCGGUCCUGAUGUUCCUCGAUAUGAGGGAACAUCCAUGCAGGUGCAAGCUUUGUUGAGGCAUGCUCUCGCGGAGACUAUUUCCGAGGGCAUCAUCAAUAAUCUCAUCGUUACCAACUCGCCAGAAGCCAACGUUCAGCUCACACGCAUUCACGAACAUAUUUUUUCACGAGACCCGACUGUAGCAUGCGUCUGGAGGAGACAAACUUUCUCUGCCGCCGUAGAAACGUUUUCAACUGAGAUGACCUUGACAACGCUCCGCGAACAGCUUCCCGAGCUUAUGAAACAUCUCGACCGCACCAUCCCCAUUUCACAAAGAACGCCCAUCCUGGAGUCUGCUUAUCUUUUCUCUCGCAUGCUUCAUGGCCAGGACACGAGUAUGGGGGACGCAUUUUAUCGUGCGUUUGUGCCCGAACUUGGGGGUGUACUUGACCCGAGGCAGAUUGAACUCGUGAAGCGAUGUAUGAAGAACGAGAGAGGGGAAUCGGAUCGUGUCGGUGCAACAAUAUUUCCUGGGUUGGUAAAGUUAACCAAAGGGGAACCAUUCCCUGGGUUACAAUCGGAGGCAAUACAGAAUAUUGUACGAAGAGCUCAGGUGAUCUGUGAAUGUGCUCUUAACAGCGCUUCGAGUGGUCCUCCAUCGAUAGCUGGUACGCCAACACCUCCGCAAGUGCCAGGACACGUCUACAAUCAUCAAGUACCCGCCUCACCGCCUAUGACUCUUGGUCACAACCAGCACGCAUCUCUACCAAACCAUCAUGGACAGCUCAAUGGAUAUCAGUAUUAG